UGAAUAAGGCUGGCUCGUGUGCUUUCAGAAACAUGCAGAGUACUGGAGACUGAACGAAGAGCGUCAAUCCUGCACAGAGACGUAUGCUUCCAUCACUAGAAUCUUUGACAAAAAAAAGAAAAAACAGGACCAACGGAUCCGGAGGAGAGACACUUUUUCUUGAGAUAUUUGGGGUUUAUCGUUUUGUUUCUUGCCGGGCGCUCGUCAGUGGAUAAGCGGCCAUGUCAAAGUACAUUGAAUUAUUUAUAGGCACGCGUGUCUUGCUGUGUGACAGUAUUGCUCUGAAACCAGUUUAUUAGAUGCGUCUUCGAGUCCUGACUGGCACACGUCUCUUUUUUCGUCCAAUGCUUCACUUCGAACACCACGGAGAAUUGCAGACUUGCUAUGGUUCUUGCAAUUUAGCUAAUAUUUAGAAGGGGGCUGAUAUUUUGUCAUUUGAUUGGCUCAACACAGGUGUGUGUUCUGUGUGUGGGAGUGGAUCCAAAGGACUGAAUCUCGAGGAGCCAAAGGUAUUGGUUCUACCUCACACUUAAGAGGACGUCUUGGCAACGGUCGCCAUCCUACUUUUGGACCCCAUACCUCCGUGCUGGCCUCUUAAGCAUACAGGGAGAAGUGCCGAAGGCGACCGACCGACUGUUCCUUAAAACACAUUGACCCGGGACCUCCGACCGACUAAGGAACCAAACACGCAACGAAAGCAGUCGAUGUUCGGUGUGGGGUGUUGAUUUGUUUAUCUAGUCGAGUUAAAGGACCUGAACCUCGGGCUGUAAAGACCACGGUAUCACUGUGGGUGCACAUCCAAAGACGAUGGUACACUGUGCAGGGUGCGAGAGGCCUAUUUUGGACAGGUUUCUCCUAAAUGUUUUGGACAGAGCAUGGCACGUGAAGUGCGUUCAGUGCUGCGAGUGUAAAUGCAAUUUAACAGAGAAGUGUUUUUCGCGAGAGGGGAAACUAUACUGCAAAAACGACUUCUUCAGGCGGUUCGGUACGAAGUGUGCAGGUUGUUCACAAGGCAUCUCUCCGAAUGACUUGGUACGGAGGGCGAGGAGUAAAGUGUUUCACCUCAACUGCUUCACGUGCAUGAUGUGCAAUAAGCAGCUUUCAACCGGAGAGGAGCUAUACAUCAUUGACGAAAACAAAUUUGUCUGCAAAGAAGAUUACCUAAGCAACAGCAAUGCAAAAGACACAAACCUUCUCUCAGUAACAGCAUGUAGUGAUCCGAGUUUAUCACCGGAUUCUCAAGACCAGUUACAGGACGAUGUAAAGGAUUCUGAAAUAGCCAAUUUAUCGGACAAAGAGACUGGUAACAACGAGAAUGACGACCAGAACCUCGGUGGUAAACGACGUGGACCUCGAACCACCAUCAAAGCAAAGCAACUGGAGACUUUGAAAGCAGCGUUUGCAGCUACCCCAAAACCCACGAGACACAUCAGAGAGCAGCUCGCACAGGAAACGGGGCUGAACAUGCGAGUUAUUCAGGUAUGGUUUCAGAACCGGCGGUCCAAAGAGCGUCGUAUGAAGCAAUUGAGCGCUCUGGGCGCAAGAAGGCACGCGUUUUUCCGCAGCCCGAGGAGAAUGAGAACGCUAGUGGACCGGCUCGAACCUGGGGAAUUAAUUCCAAACGGCCCCUUUUCUUACUAUGGAGAUUAUCAAAGCGAGUACUAUGGCCCAGGAGGGAACUAUGACUUCUUUCCUCAGGGGCCUCCCUCAUCGCAGGCGCAGACCCCUGUAGACCUCCCCUUCGUGCCCUCUUCAGGCCCUACGGGCACCCCUCUUGGUGGCAUGGAUCAUCCUAUGCCAGGGCACCACCCUUCCAGUGAGGUGCAGCGUUUCUCUGACAUCAUGUCCCACCACCCAGGGGACUCGCCCAGCCCAGAGCCCGGGAUCCCAGGGCCCCUGCACAGCAUGUCCUCGGAGGUGUUUGGGCCCAGUCCACCCUUUACCUCACUGUCCCUCAAUGGCAGCGGAUAUAACAACCACUUGUCCCACCAACCCUCGGAAAUGAACGAGGGCACUGUAUGGUAGCUCCAAUGAGCAUACUGUACAAUAAGGGGAAUGGUAGGGCCAAGGUUAGAGACACCUGUUGAAUCUUUUUUUUUUUGGUCUGUUACAUUUAUUUAUUUUCCCCAUAUGAUUUGUUUUGCAAGAAAGAUAUAUGGUGAAAAAAACACGGCGUGGACAAUGUAGUUGUAAACAUUUACCUUGGUAUUGUGUUGAUGUUUUGAUUGCUUCUUUUUCCAAAACCGAACAAGGACUUUGGGCGCACAAAAGACUGUGUGUGUGUGAGACUGUUGAACCGAAGGCCUCGGGCCCCUGCCCUCCAUGACUGUGACCCCUCCUGACUCCUGUCAGUGGCCUAGCACAGUGACAAACCUCCAAACAUACAUCACUGGGAAAAAAACACAAUUUCCAAAACAAGUAAUAUAUCCCCAACAAAAGAAAUAUCAUUAGCUACUGUCAAAGACUCAACAGCUUUACAGAGGAAAAAGGAAAGGCCGGUUAGUCGAACGGUAACCCAAGCCACUGGCACCAAGAAGGCUGAAUGACGUUGGACUCUAUUUAUGACACUCGAUAUGUCUCUUGUAUUUAUUCAAAAGCUCCUCAGACCUCUUUGCCUCUCAAGGCUCUGCCAUAUUGACACUUAAACAACCUUUUCAACACUAAAUAUGUUUCUCAAGGCCAGGGGAAAUACCUUUUUUUCUUCCAUCUGGACUAGUUACUUUUCUUGGUUCGAGAAUUCCACCAAAUCUGAAAGUUGGCCUUCAAAAGGCAGUCUCUAAAACAAUAUAUGGAUUGUAAAACCCUUUAUUUGAAUGGAAAAGAACAUGAAAUGGUAAUGAAUUCUACCUUCUAAGAAUCUUUUAAUGGGGGCCUGAAAGGGACUUAGAACAGUCAACUGUUUACGUAAUAUAUUUAAUUCAGGAGUUAAAAGUAUCAAACCAUGUUUUAGAACCUCUUGAUCCAUAUAAAAAUGUUCCAAGCAACCAACCAAACUUUUGUAUUGAUUUUAUUUAUAUUGUAUGAAGACAAACACGUUUGCUGGGGUUGUGUUUCACUGUGCUAGUUUGUACAAGAUGUUGUUUACAAAAAAUUUAAAAAGAUUUACAAAAAAAAACACAA